AUGGAGGCCGUCGGGGUCCUGAUGAUGUGUCCGAUGAACAACUAUCUGGAGCAGGAGCUCGACAAGCGAUUCAGGCUCCUGCGGUACUGGACUCAGCCGAAGCAGACGGAAUUCGUGGCUCAGCACGCCCCCUCGAUCCGCGCCGUGGUGGGGAACGCCGCCGCCGGCGCCACCGCCGAGUUGAUCGACGCGCUGCCGAAAUUGGAGAUUGUUUCUAGCUUCAGCGUUGGAUUGGAUAAGAUCGACCUGGCCAAGUGCAGGGAGAAGGGGAUUAGGGUUACCAACACCCCCGAUGUGCUGACGGAUGACGUGGCAGACCUGGCAAUCGGGCUGAUGCUGGCUGUGUUGAGAAGGAUUUGUGAGUGUGAUAGGUAUGUGAGGAGAGGGGCCUGGAAAAAUGGCGAUUUCAAGUUGACAUCUAAGUUCAGUGGGAAAAGAGUGGGCAUCAUAGGUUUGGGCCGGAUCGGGCAGGCAAUUGCCCAGCGGGCCGAAAGGUUCGACUGCCCCAUCAGCUACUACUCAAGAUCCGAGAAACCAAGCACAAACUACAAAUACUACAAAACUGUUAUCGAGCUGGCCUCCAACUGCGACAUACUGGUCGUGGCCUGCGCUUUAACCCCCGAGACAACUCAUGUCGUGAACCGGGAGGUUAUUGAUGCGCUUGGCCCGACUGGGGUCCUCAUCAACAUCGGGCGCGGGCCCCAUGUGGACGAACCCCAGCUAGUGGCGGCACUCGAGGAAGGACGCUUGGGUGGGGCCGGGCUCGACGUGUUCGAAAGGGAGCCCGAUGUGCCCGAGCGGCUAUUUGGGCUCGACAAUGUGGUCCUUCUGCCGCAUGUAGGGAGCGGCACAGUGGAGACUCGCACGGCCAUGGCUGAUCUCGUGCUCGGAAACUUGGAGGCUCAUUUUGCCGGGAAGCCGCUUUUGACUCCUGUGGUUUGA